GUAAGUAUGGCUGAAACUGCGUCGUUUUGACAAAUCUGUCUUAACUUAUUUUUCUCUCGUGGUCGUGACCAAAUCUGCCCUCCGCUCUUUCACCGGUUUCGAUCACGACGAAGAUGAGAGUAGUAGUGCUACCUUCCUCUCUCUCCGUCUCUUUGCAACUAUGCACUCUUCUCCUCCUUGCUUCUGCGAUUAGAUCGAGCUCUUCUCCAUUGAACGAUCCGUUUCUCGGCAUUUCUCCUCAAGAUGAGAAGUUUUACAAAUCAUCUUCUGAGAUUAAGUGUAAGGACGGAUCAAAGAGAUUCACGAAAGCUCAACUUAAUGACGAUUUCUGCGAUUGUGCAGACGGAACCGACGAGCCAGGUACAUCAGCUUGUCCGAAUGGAAAGUUCUAUUGUCGGAACGCAGGCCAUUCUCCAUUAAUUUUGUUUUCUUCCAGAGUCAAUGAUGGUAUCUGUGAUUGUUGUGAUGGAAGUGAUGAGUAUGGUGGUAAUGUGACUUGCCCGAAUACAUGCUGGGAGGCUGGAAAAGCUGCUCGAGAGAGCCUGAAGAAAAAAAUCGAAACUUAUAAGCAGGGGCUUGUGGUAAGGAGGAAGGAAAUCGAACAGGCGAAAGUGGGUCUGGAGAAAGAUGCAGCGGAGUUGAAGAAGCUGAAAAGCGAGGAGAAGAUUUUGAAAGGCCUUGUUCAACAGCUUAAAGAACGUAAAGAAGAAAUUGAGAAGGUAGAGGAGAAGGAGCGUCUACAGAAAGAAAAGGAGGAGAAGGAAAGGAAAGAUGCUGAGUUAGCUGCCCAGCCAGCAAAGGAGAACAGUGAGGAGAAGACAGAUGGCAAUGAAAAAGUUGAAGGAAGCACCGCUGGAGAAGAGAUGCCGGGAGCUUCACAUGACGAUGAUUAUCCCGAUGAAGACACAUAUCAUGAUGAGAUUGGUAAUUACAAGGAUUCUCCUACAGACGAGGAGCCAGCAGCUGAAGCUGAACCAACAAGUAUACUGGAAGAGGCUACUCACACUAAUCCAGCAGACGAGCAUGUUGUGGACACGAAAAAGGAAUCUCCCUCAUCGGAGGAUCCUCUCACAGAUGGAUCUCAAAAUGAUGGUAGUACCAAAAAGGAGUCAGACGAGGUGAAGAAAGUGGAUGAUCUUGUUUCCGAGAAGAAGGAAGAGUUGUCAAAGGAGGAGUUGGGGCGUCUCGUUGCGUCUCGCUGGACAGGAGAGAAAUCUGAUAAGCCAGCUGCUGAGGCAGAUGAUACCCCCAAAGCUGAUGAUCAGGAAAACCAUGAGCAUACGCCCAUCACUCCACAUGAAGUAGAUGAAGACGAUGGGUUUGUUUCAGAUGCUGACGAAGAUACGGCAGACGAAGGAAAAUACAGCGACCAUGAACCCGAAGAUGACUCAUAUGAAGAGGAGCAUCGGCAUGAUUCUACUACUUCCUACAAAUCUGAUGCAGAGGAUGAUCUCGAUCUAUCAGAGACAACAACCUCAAAUCCUACUUGGUUGGAGAAGAUACAAAAGACCGUCAAGAGCAUUUUACAGGCUGUGAAUCUGAUCCAAACCACACCAGUUGACAAAUCGGAGGCUGAUCGGGUACGCAAGGAAUACGAUGAGUCGAGCUCAAAACUGAACAAAAUACAGUCAAGGGUGUCGAGCUUAGAGAAGAAGCUAAAGCAAGACUUUGGACCGGAGAAAGAGUUCUAUUCGUUCCACGCUCGGUGUUUUGAGAGUAAACAGGGCAAGUAUACUUACAAAGUCUGCGGAUAUAAAGAAGCAACACAAGAGGAAGGCUAUUCGAAAACUCGGUUAGGGGAAUGGGAGAAGUUUGAGAACUCGUACCAGUUCAUGACAUAUACAAACGGAGAUAAGUGCUGGAACGGUCCAGAUAGAAGCCUGAAGAUUAAGCUAAGAUGUGGGUUAAAGAAUGAGCUUAUGGAUGUGGAUGAACCAAGCCGUUGCGAAUAUGCAGCAGUUUUAUCUACUCCAGCUCGGUGUUUGGAAGAUAAACUUAAAGAACUAGAACAAAAGCUGGAGAAGAUGAUGAGCCAAGACCAAUCUCACAGUCACGACGAACUCUGAUGAUGUUCACCUUAAAUAAUCCUUAUCCGAUGCCGCACCGGUUAGGUUUGUGUGAGUUAGACUAGUAAUCCUGCUCAAUCUCAAAAGUCAAAGAGGACAACAGAAAGAUAACUAUGAACAGAGACGCUAUUUUGGUCAGAAGAGAAUGAAUGAUAGGUUUAAGUUUGCCUCAUUGAACAAUGGAGAAGGUUCUAUUUAUCAAAGAGUAUCUUAUUAGACAAUAUGUUCAACUUUUGGUUAAGCUCAAAGAACAAUUCUUAUAUAUUUAAAAACAUUAUGAAAGAUAGGUAACUCUUUCUAUAUUGCCUAACAUUUCGAAGUUCACUUUGUUAUUAAACAAGUCGUAGGUUUUGUU